ACACCUAAAAAGCUUUUCAUAAAACCCAGAUACUAAAAUAAGCAAUUCUAAUAUUCUUAUCAAAAAAACAAAAAUAAUUAUAAAUUAUAAAUAAUUCAUUCAAUCUGCGAAAAUUAUAAAUUAGCACAAAGCCCUCAAUCCAACUGCUGUAAUUUGAACUGAAAUUCAGUUCUUCUCCUUCUUCCUCUCACAUUCUCUCUCCUCUUCCUCAUCUUCUUCUUCUUCUCUCUCUGAAAUUCGGAAUUUCAUUCCAUUUUCAGUUUCUUCGAAUUUCGAGCUGCAAAUAAUAAUAGUUAUUAUAAUAAUCAUACCAAACAACGAGAAUAAUUAAUCUAAUCUCGUUUUAAAAUCUCGAUUUGUCGGUUUCUUACCUCGUUUUUUUUUUUUUGGUUAUCAUCUUCUGCAACUUAUUUCUUUCCAAUUUUAUCUUCCUUUUUCCUCCCAUAAAUUUCUGCAUUUUUCUGGAUUCUAUAUUUAAUUUCAUAAUUUUUUUUUGUUUGUUUUUUUUUUCCUUCUGGGUUUUGAAUUUUGUUUUCUUCAAAUAGUAAACCAAACAAACCCACUUACUAUAUGAAAAUUUACCAAUAUAGAUUCUAACAGCUAGCGGCUUUAAUGGAAGAAUAGCUUCUUCUUUCCAUUUCUAGAAACUUCCAGAAAAAAAUUUCAUCUGGGUUGGUUUGUUAGUUUAUUUGUUGAUUUUCUUCUAAUUUUCGAUCUGGGUAUUACUUAGUUUUAAUGGAUAAUUUCUCAACAACGGCGGCGGCGAAGACGGUGGAUGGGGUGGUGGGGGAAAUUAUGAGGAUGCACAAAUCUCUACCCACUCGUCCAGACAUUGAAGAAGUUGAAGCUGCGACAACUUUAAUCAGAAACAUUGAAAGAGAAGAUCAGUUGAAAUUGGAAGCCAUUGCUAAGCAAACUAAAGGUAGAGCAGUACCAGAAGAGCUGUUCUUUCUGUACCAAGAGAUGCAGAAGGCUUUAGUUCAGUUUCAGAGCAAAGAACAGAAGAGGGAUGCUGUGAAAUUGCUUGAUCUUGAGAAUGCACACAAUGUGUUCGACGAAAUGAUUCAGAGAGUUUCUCAGUGUAUUUCUCCUUCUGCUGAUUCUGGGCAAUCAUCUUCUUCAAUGAAGAAGAAGGAUUUGAGUGUUGGGCCAACUGGGCCUGUGUUAAAGUCAAGGGAUUUGGAUUCUUCAGUUGCUUCUACAAGUUUUUAUAAUUUGGAGAAGAAGGCGCCUGUUAAGAGUGAGCUGUUUACUAGGGAUGAUAGUUAUGUUAAGAAAUCUAAAGCUGCUACUGCUACUUUCCAUGUUGAUGGGUUUGAUUCUACUCUCAAGAUAUCCAAUUAUUCAGCUCAAGAUGCUGCUGAGAAAUUGAGUUUGAUUAAGCUAGCUAGCUUAAUUGAAGUGUCUGCAAAGAAGGGUACUAAAGAGCUAAUUCUCCAAAACAAGUUGUCUGAUCAAGUUGAAUGGUUGCCUGAUUCCAUUAAGAAGCUAUCAGGUUUAAUCACUCUUGAUUUGUCAGAAAAUAGGAUUGUGGAUUUACCUGAUACUAUUGGAGGGCUUUCCUCGCUGUCGAAAUUGGAUUUGCAUUCAAACAGGAUUACUGAGCUCCCAGAUGCAAUUGGGGAUCUCUUGAAUCUUGUUUGUCUGGAUGUCAGAGGAAAUUACUUGGUUAAACUCCCUCCAUGUGUUGGUAGGUUGAUCCGUCUUGAGGAGCUCGAUGUGAGUUCAAAUAAGUUACAUUCGCUACCUGAUACUGUCGGGUCUUUGGUUAGUCUUAAGAAGCUGAAUGUGGAAACUAACAAUCUCGAUGAACUUCCUCAUACAAUUGGUCUAUGCUCUUCUCUUGAGGAGCUUCGACUGGACUAUAACCGGCUUAGAGCCCUCCCUGAAGCUGUGGGAAAGAUUGAGUCCUUGCAGGUUCUUUCUGUUCGGUACAAUAACAUUAGACAGCUGCCUACCACAAUGUCAUCUCUAGCAAAGCUGAGGGAGCUCGACGUGAGCUUUAAUGAGCUUGAAGCUGUGCCUGAGAGCUUGUGUUUUGCUACCUCGCUUGUCAAGUUGAUUAUCAGUAACAACUUUGCAGAUCUGCGCUCUCUUCCGAGGUCAAUUGGGAACCUUGAGAUGCUUGAAGUGUUGGAUAUGAGUAACAACCAGAUCCGUGUUCUGCCCGAAUCAUUCAGGUUGUUAUCACGAUUAAGAGUGUUCCAUUCUGAUCAAAAUCCUCUGGAAGUGCCUCCGAGACAUAUUGCUGACAAGGGUGCACAGGCUGUUGUUCAGUACAUGGCUGAUCUUGUAGCAAAUAAGGACGUCAAGCAACAACCCACCAAGCAGAAGAAGUCUUGGGCACAAAUAUGCUUCUUUUCACGGUCUAACAAAAGGAAGCGCGGUGGUGCAGAUUAUGUCAAGACAUGAUCUAUUUAGACUGAAAAGAAAACCAACCUCAUAAUUCUGCUAGAGGGUGGCGAAAAACGGAUUCUGUGGUGCACUUUCGGAGAUGCACGAACAGGCCGACAGUUAGGGGGUAUGAAGGGGUGAUGUUAUGUUAAUUGACAAUGAUGUAUAUGAAGCAAAGCUCAUGUGCCUUUGCCUUGGUCAUGGACAGGGAAGCUGAGCUGUUUGUUGAGUCACAUGGAAGGAAGUUGAGGCUCUUCUUAUUUACCAACAUUCAACAAUGAAUUCAAUCCUUUCACAGCCUUGACUAAGCUGUUGUAAACGUGCCUUUGUCUCUCUCAUUGUAGAUUUUUUUUUUCUUUUAAUAAUUUAUUUAUUUAUUAUGUCAUAAUUCAAUUGUAUUUCUGGAGAUGGAGAUAUACGAGAUUGUAAAGCUUUUAUAUUUUUUU